AUGGUUGGUAAAAAAAAUAUUACCAAGGACGCUAAUUAUAAUAGCACAAAGUUUAAGCGUGCUAACUCGAAAGAAUCCAAUGCUAAUGAUAGUGAUAUUGUGCGGGAUGGUGAAAAUGAUUGUUUGGAAAGCGAUGAUGAUGAAAGUUCAAUUAACAAUAUCUGUUUAGUCCCUGUUGAGUGGUAUAAAUAUGAAGAUCACUGCGGUUAUGACAGGGAGGGGGAAAGGAUCCUUAAACCUUCAGAUAUUUCUGAGCUUAAUAAGUUCAUAUCUGGUACUGAUAGCGAUAACAGGAUCAUUAAAGAUCAAUUUGGUAACGUACUAGCGAAGCUAACUGACAAAGACAUAGAGUUAAUUGAAAGGAUAUGUAAACGACAAUAUCCAAAUAAAAAUUAUGAUCCUGAAGCUGUAUUUGUGGAAUUUGACAAAUCAGAUAGUGUAUUCCCAGUUAGAAAUCCUAUCUAUAGGAAGGAUUCAUAUUCCCCCAGUAAAAAUGAAUACAAAAUCAUCAAAAAAAUUAUCAAAAGCAUACGUGAGAGGGAUUAUAGUAUGUCAAUAGAUAGGCAAAAUGAUAUGCCAAAUAACAAAGCAGAAAAUGAUAUAUGGAAUGAUAGUGUAUAUGUGGCCAAUGAUCGGGAAAAAAGAAGAAUUAUUCACGAUCUUCCCGCGCCGAAACUUCCUUUACCCAAGAGUGACGAAUCAUACAACCCGCCACCUCAUCUUAUACCAUCAGAAAGUGAUAUUAGCAUUAAUGCUGGAGAUGGUGAACCACGAUAUGUACCAAGGAAAUAUGAUGCUUUGAGAUUUGUCCCUGGUUAUAAAUACUAUCUAAUAGAAAGAUUUGAAAGGUGUAUGGAUUUGUACCUAUCUCCUAGGGCUUCAAGAGUAAAGAUGAAUAUUGACAUUAAAGCUCUAUUGGCCAGCGUGCCCAAAAUGGACUAUGAUCAAUUGAGUCAAGAUAUUUCUGUUGACUAUUAUACAGGUCUACCCGUUAAUAUUGCUAGAAUUGAUCACACUGGUAGAUUUGUUGCCAUAGUAUCUGGAAAUUAUAAUUUGCAAGUUUUCAGUUUGAUAAGUGGUAGAUCUUGUUUUACAAUUGACCUAAGUGGAAAUAACACUAGCAUCAACGAUGUAACAUGGCAUCCGCAUUUACCACUGUUAGCCAUGGCACAUGGUACUGAGAUUGUUGUAUUGGCUAUAAAUCUAAAUACAAGAUGUAGUACUGACUACGAUAGUUCAGAUUACAUGCUAAGCAUGGAAAAUGACUUCAACAUGGCAUCAUCAUAUGCAAUAGUAGAAAAAACUAAGCGCUGUACAUUGGGUGAUGUUGUCAUUAAAUGGAAGAGAGGUACCAGUGCUAAAUUUGACAAACACAAAGCAAUGGGGUUCACUAUUCACCACCACGUCCCUGUACUUAAAUUAAACUUUCACUCAAAAGGAUCCUAUCUCGCUGCAAUACUUCAAAAUGGCACUAAGAUGGGUGAUCAAGUCAUUAUUCACUCUGUUCCAAAAAAAUCUUCAGUGUUUCUUAACGUUAAUGUUUCAAACAUUAAAGUAAAUCAGCUGAUAUUCCAUCCCGCCAAUUCACAACUGAUCCUAGGUACAACACAAGGAUUAAGACUGGUGAAUCUUAGAAUCAGUGAGGGAAAGACUGUUAAGAAGCUGAGUGGCUUGUCCGAAGUUUUGAGUUUAGACGUUAACAAUAGAAUUCUAAUUGCCAGUGGCGAUAACGGAACCGUUUCAUUGUAUGAUUUAGAAGACCCAAACACUCCGUUCAAAAGUUUUAACUUUCCUAACAUAAGCCAUGUAAUGGUUCAUAAAGUUUUACCAUUGUUAUACAUAACUCAAGAUGGUGGUAAAAUCAACGUAUUUUAUAUAAAGGUGGACGAUAAUGAGAGUAUUUCUGUUGUUCCAUGUAAGCAAUUAAAUUUGAAGUGCAAAAUGAAGUUGAAGGAUUUUACUCUACACCCUUACAAAUCAUGGUUUGUCACUACCACUGGUGAUACUAAGUGUCUAUUGUAUGUAUAG